AUGGCCGUCGGGCCACCGACGGGAGGAUCUGGCAAUCCUCCGCAUCCGGCACCACCGGUACAACCGCAUCCCAUCCUCGCGCCCAGCCCGCUGUUUGCCUUACCGACGCUUAACUUUACCGCGUCGCAAGUUGCGACCGUUUGCGAAACGCUGGAAGAAUCCGGUGACAUUGAGCGGCUGGCCCGGUUCCUAUGGAGCCUGCCGGUCGCCCAUCCGAACGUGACCGAGCUCGAUCGGUCCGAGGCGGUGCUGCGAGCACGGGCGAUCGUGGCGUACCACACGGGACAUUUUCGUGAACUGUACACGAUACUGGAACGACACAAGUUUACGAAAACAUCCCAUGGCAAACUGCAGGCAAUGUGGCUGGAGGCGCACUAUCACGAGGCGGAAAAGCUGCGUGGACGACCGUUGGGGCCGGUCGAUAAGUAUCGCGUCCGGAAGAAAUUUCCGCUUCCGCGUACGAUCUGGGACGGUGAGCAGAAGACGCAUUGCUUCAAGGAGCGAACGCGCAGUUUGUUGCGCGAAUGGUACCUUCAGGAUCCGUAUCCGAACCCGACGAAGAAACGCGAGCUGGCCCAGGCCACCGGGCUCACCCCGACACAGGUGGGAAAUUGGUUUAAAAACCGACGCCAGCGGGACCGUGCGGCAGCAGCGAAAAAUAGACAUAACCAGCCACCACUUUCGGGAUCGGGAUCAUCAUCGCUGACGCCCAGACGGGGCGAUGGGCCACUGUCACCGACGGACACGGACUCCGAUUCGGACAUUUCGCUCGGUACACACUCGCCAGUUCCUAGUAUGUCGAUGCAGCACAGUCCCAGCUCACUGCCAGGCUCUAGUGAGGACCGGCUGCAUGAUGAGCGUGAUCGGGAGAAGGACUUCCGGAAUAGUUUCGCCUCGCUGCAUUCCUUCCGCUUUGGCGAUCAUCUCACUGGCGGUUUGUUACCUGGUUCGUUCAACAGUAGAUUCAUGCCUUAUCGUCUGGGCGAUCAUUCGCCACCGAUCAACACCCACUCACCCCCGAUCGGUUUAACACACCUGCCUCUCACUCCUACCGUGCUCCGACCACAGCCUCACCUGCCCCACUCGCUGGCCGUCAGUGCGGCGUCCCUGAGUGCAUCGGGUGUGGCGAAUGCCGGCGUCCUCACGACGGUCGUCAGUAUGAGCGAUUCGCCUGGUAGCAAUAGCAGUGCCACGACCGCAUCCCUCACGAAUAUCCCAGCCCCGGCGAGCGCCACUACCCCUACCCUGUCCGGUAGUACGGCGAGCAGUUCGCUCAAGGAUCUGCAGCAUCCUAGCGAUUUAUCGUCGAGUGAUCACCGUCCCGGGACACCCAGCUCGGUGGGAAGCAACAACAAUAACAACAGUGCCAGUGGUGGUACACCGACCACUACCGCCACGAACGGAAACGGUAACGCACCAGCCUCCUUAAUGCAGCCAAUGUCUCCGUUGAGAAUACGGGUCAGUUCGCCGUCGCGGUUGAAUGCUGAACUGCUGCAUCACACGGCGGCGGCUGCGGCAGCCGCAGCGGCAGCAGCUGCGGCUGCCUCCACCCAACCCCCACAGCACCAUUCGUUGCCCCUACUGCAUCCGCACCACCCACUGCACGUACACCAUCCCCACGCGCACCUUCCACACCAUGCGCAUCAGACGCAUGCUCAUCACCAUGCGGCCGCAUUAACGGCGGCCAGCAUGAUGAACGGACUGAAUGCCGGCGGCAUCGUCCGGAUCGUACCGGGCACCACCACAACCUCGCUGAUCCAUCGGCCCUUCUCACCGUCCCCAAAGCCGAAGGAAGCGUCGUGA